CAAGAAGCGCCGGCCGCUACCGUUGCCGGCUCGCUCUUCUCUCCACAUUCGGUCGGGACUGCCGGGGUCUUCGUCGGGUUGGCGAAAGCGAAACACACAUUCCCGUCCUGCUCAUCCGGAGAGCUGCUGUUGCUGCUGGAGAUCUCGAUCGCUCACAAACUCUCUCUUUCUCUCAAGCGCGCGUGCGUGCGUACGAGUGUGCGGGCGCGCGCGCGUGUGUGUAAACGCGCCUGCAACAACCCGCCGGGGGAGACGGACGAAGCAGCGCUGUUGUCGGUGCUAUUUUCGAGCGACAGUUGCUGUAUACCACUGCCAAGCCGAAGCAAUCGUGCAUUGCACCAGUACACCGUAUAGUGUAACCCUUCCCCUUCGCACACCCACACAUUCAUCGCUCUCUCGCUCGGGCAUAACCGAGAUCUGCUGAUAGAGGAACCCUGCUGUGGGAGGUCGCUGUCGCAAUUCUUGGCGCUGCGUCCACGUGCGUGCCGUCGCUUUGCCCGCAUCGCACUGUCAACCGGAUCGGCUCAGGUCAUCGUCGCCGUCGACUUCCUUCGAGAUUCCGGUGCGGUCGUCUCGUGGGCACCGGUGGCGCGGAGUGCGCGUCGUCGUCCCUGGUUCCGACGACGCUGAACUCGACACCGGUGGACGCCGCAUCAUCGAGCCGGAAAAAGACACGACGAGGCGCUCGCUGCCACUGCAGCUGAGAUGGCGCUGACGCAGGGAAGUCGAAUAGGCACCAGCUGCGAAAGUGGCACCGGCUGCAGCCGAGGCUCGAAGCCGCUGCGUAGGCCACGUGACGCGGCAGGGACGCGGCAGACGCGAGGCCAAUUAGCGUCGCUGAACGGUUGGACUGCGCUCGGAAAAGAACAGCGAAGCCUUUUGGCGCCGGCGGCAGUGGUCGCGUUAGCGGCGGCCCCGUUGUACACUGCUUUAGCCGCGAGGCCCAUUCUUCUGUGCUGCGUUUUCCUCGUGGUAGUGGCCGUGGUGAGCGCAACCAGUGUGUUGGUGACUCUCUACGCGAAGGACAGUUUACGCAUAAAGUGCCUUCCUGGCCCCGUCCACGUCGAGAUCACUCCUUCGUCGUCAGCCCUUGGCAAUUUCAGCACAUGGGCCGUGUCUACCGAUGCUGCACCAUGCACAUCGGUCGCCAGGCGUAUCUUCCGCAAAGGCGGAAAGACAGUGGACGCCGCCAUUGCCACCCUGCUGUGCAUGGGUGUCGUCAUCCCUCAUUCUAUGGGCAUCGGAGGAGGAUUUAUAGCGACCGUCUACUCAAGGUCCAAGAGAGAAGCACAAGUGCUCGUCGCCCGAGAAGUGGCUCCUGCAGGUGCCACGAGCGACAUGUACGUGAACAACAAGAAAGGAAGUCUAUAUGGGGGUCUCGCUGUGGCCGUGCCCGGAGAACUUCGGGGAUACCAGGCGCUGCACCGGCACCUGAAUGGAACUCUGCCAUGGAAGGAGCUGUUCAGGGAUGCCAUUCGGCUGGCGAGGCACGGCUUCCCCAUGGGCGCACAUCUGGCCAACGCACUGCGGGAGAAACGAACCGUCGACCCUGUCUUAGAAGCAAACGUCAGGAAAGCCUUCUCGGAUCCCGAGACGGGAGACCUGCUGGCCGAAGGGGAGCUUGUGACACUCAAGGACCUGGCUAACACGCUGGAGCAGAUAGCCGAGAAAGGACCCGACUACUUUUACGAAGGAGAGUUAGCCGAGAAUAUCGUCAAGGAAGUCCAGGCUAACGGCGGCAUACUCACGAUGGAGGACCUGAGACGCUACCAGGUGAGCUGGGAGAAACCAGUGACUGCCCGUUUCAAGGGCGGCAUGACCAUGCUCUCGGCGCCGCCGCCAGCGAGCGGCGCGGUGCUCGCCUAUAUCUUGGGCAUAAUGGACGCUUUCCGGUCGUCGCCGAAAUCUCUUCUGGAGGACAGCGUGACCACCCUGCACAGGUUUGCUGAAGCGUGCAAGUUUGCUUAUGCCAAGAGGGCCCUCCUUGGAGACCCUAAAUUUGUUCAAUGUGAGCAGUUGGUCCGCAACAUGAGUUCGCACCAGUUUUCUUCGGAAGCAAGGUACAAGAUUGACGACGACCGCACAUUCUCUGACCCACACUACUACGGUUUCGUCGACGAGGUCAUGAAGCCUGACAAGGGCACGGCGCACGCUACUUUCUGGGGACCUGAUGGUGACGUCAUCGUCGUAUCCAGCACCGUCAACUACUAUUUCGGAAGUAUGUUGCGGACAUCGGGUGGAGUGGUCAUGAACAACCAAAUGGACGACUUCUCCACGCCAGGCAUGCGAAACUUCUACGGCGUGGCCCCUUCUGUGGCGAACUUCAUUUACCCUGGAAAGAGGCCCAUGUCCUCGAUGGCGCCCGUGGUGGUUACCGACGAAAACGGGGAUGUCCAGCUAGCCUUGGGCGGCACGGGAGGUGCGAAGAUCACCUCAGGCAUCGCGCUGGUGAUCAUGCGGACAUUGUGGCAGAGAAACAGCAUCAAGGAAGCCAUCGACUACCCAAGGCUCCACCACCAGCUGAUACCAAAUCAUCUUAUGGUUGAGUCAUACUUCCCGAAGGCUUACGUAGAAGAGCUACAGAAGCUUGGCCACAAGGUAACCUACCCGAAAGGGAGAUUUUCCAUCAUGAUGGGCGUCAGCAAGCAUAAUGGACGUCUGUACGCGAACUCUGACUUCAGGAAAGGUGGCACUGUGGAUGGAUACUGAGGUGUUUUUUACGCCUACAUCAUCGUCACUGGACCGAAUGUGCGGGUUCUUCAUCUGCACGGCUGAGGCUGCGGUUUUGCUGUGACUGGACAGUGGUGUGUUUCCCUCCGACGCUGCACUCAGGAACACUGUGGAGUGUCAAGGAGAGGCUGUGAAGUUAGGAGCAAGAGGCUUCAACUACGCGAUGCAUGUGAAAAGAAGAAAAGGAUGUGGAGUGGGGUUAGGAUCGGCGCGGACGACGAUCUAAACGCGGCGUAAGGGGGACGUUUAAGUCAUUUUUGGUCAUGCCUGUGUGCUUUCUCUCAUGUUUUCUUUAUUUUUUUUUUGCACGUCAACAUGUCUGGCGUACAUUACAGAAGCUUGCCUUCGCAGAAAUCCUCCAGAUGCGAACACAUGUGAACCUGAAAGUUUCGUUUUCUAACGUAGUGACGUCUUCACUCAGGUCCAUCACCCGGCAUGACUCAGCGUGACUCGGAGUGGCUUCGUGAAAGUGUUGUGUAAAUACCGAGUUUAGCAGGCAUCAGUAUAAUUGCUGACCCACGGCGAUUCUGCAUAGCUUUUGCGUCAGUUUGUAUUAAUACCAAGUGUGAAAAAUGCUACACGGAAGAGUGUCACUGUGGUCUUAGAAUGCGCAAAGUGCAGUGCUCUUGCCAGGUGCGCCGGAUAUUCGUAAGUAUACGCAGGUCAUGCUCAAUUAUUGAUUGCCUUGUCAGCAUGGUGCUCUCGGCGUUGGUGCGAAAAUAGCACGGGUAUACGGCCUGCAACGUGCCCGGCCAGCGCUCAUUCUUUUCGGCAGCACACGCACCCCACCACGUGGACUGUACAGCACGCAACCAAUGUACAUCAACGCGAAGACGCAUUUGCUCGCAAUGUGUUGCUCAGAAUCUCGUCCAAGUUAGUAAUGACCAGUGGCUUGAGAGUUCUGUGAUUACACAAGAAAUAAAGACGUACACGAUGCGACGUUAUACGGGAAGAACGCAAUUUAUCUUAAACUGAUCGAGCGGCCUUCAAUGCACAUCUCAUACUUUAAAUACGUGCGAAGUACAGGUGGUCGGUAGCGUUCUCUGCGAGUAGUUAGGACUUUCACUGUCUGUGGUCAAGUACGACAACAGUGUAAAUUGAUCCUUUCGAAAUGCAGUUUGUAACAAUCUUCACAGGCUCUAAAAAUGUGCUCAUGUCCUGUGAAGGAAUACCAUUCUGUAAAUGUACGGGAUGCAAGCAAUUGCCUGCUGUUAUCGUGUCCAUUUGGUGUAAAAUUACACAACAAUAAGCUUUGUACAGCACGUAAUGAAUUACGUGAGAUACGCGCAUUGAUAGUCCGCAUAUCUGCGGCUCGCUUCGUGUGAUGUAUUUUACGGAGCAAUUUUUUACCUGAGUCUUAUGCUGGCCGGAAUGACACAGGUCCACUUGUUUAUUAUUUUAGGUAAGAGCUUUAUGGAAAUUUUAAGUGAAAUAAAUUUAUUGAAAAAUG